AUGUCGAAAUCUUAUACGCCCCCUAAAGCACCAUCGAGUUUGCGGGGGAGACUCUUGAAUGCGCUGUUCACCACCUUGUUGGCCGUGAUCUGUCUAGUCUGCUAUGCUCUACUCAUUAUUCUGUAUGUUCAAGCACAUCUUUAUCAUAUCCCAUCUCUCGUCAACGACGGCGACACAGGAUCGAUCAAGCCUACCGUGGCCGUUGGUUUGAUUGCUGCUAUGUUAGCUGCUGCUACGUCUGCCCUCAUCACCCGUUGUGUCGAACACUCAUUCUGGCUCAAACUCGUGCCCGGCAAUGUUGGUAGCCCACUGACUGUGGGGGAAAUCACCCGCCUCGCUCAGUGGAGCGUCUCGCCGUUAUCGAAGCUCACAUACGCCUUCAAUGGUCGAUCAUGGGCUAUCAAAACGAGCGGACUACUUCUCCUUUCUAUAUCCAUCAUCACACCCGUUCUUUUGGCCGGAAUCUCGCAGACAGAUCAUGUUAAAAUCACUUCCACUUCCGCCUCUCAUGCCGUGGACUAUUGGGCUCCUUGGAUUAACAGAGGAAACUUCCGUUCUCGAGGAGGCAGCGCCGGUGAUCUUGUCUUUGGUAUGGCCGUGCAAGCCUCGAAUGGGAACUUCGCCGCUCCGGUUGCUCCAGUGUGCGAUGAUGACUCUUGCAGCGUGUCAACGGGAUCGUCAGCUCUGUUUGCCACCUGCAACGCCCGUACCAUAGACAACACAGAAAACCGAGGAUUAACAGUCUGUCCAGAGCAAAUCACGACUUCAACUGUUGCCUCGGACCUUUCGACGGAUUUCUGUAGCGAUAUCGUCCCUUCCAUGUGUGUCAACCUGACCUGUGGUGCGCCCUCGAUCUAUGCCAAUUUUAAGACGGGUUUAGACUUGGACUGCGAGUCUGGUUCGGCCGGUUCGACUGGCCCCAACGCAUGUAUCGAUUCGCCCGGAUCGUGGGCCGUGAUCUUCGGAGCGUGGGUAGGCGGUGCAGACUUUGGCAUUGGCAACAGCAAAUUGAUCAACACGGUGAGCUGUCUGAUCGAGUACGGCAAUAUUUCGAUCUCCCAAACAGGCAAAAAUCCGCCGCGUGUAGAACGAAACUCCUUCAAACGGUCGAUAUACCCCCUAAGCAACUAUAAUUCACCAAUCUCUAACGUGCGUACGUUUAUCUGGAACGAGAACGCUCGAACAACCCCGUACUACUUCACUCUCCGCGUAGUUGGCACAGGUUGGAAUGACAUGUACCAGCAGCCCUUUGCUGCAGGCUUACUCGGUGACGAUGCCUCCAACAACGCGGAACAUGUCGCUCGCCAGAUUGAGAACAACUUUGACUGGGCGACAAUGGGGGCCUUCGCAAGAAUGCCCAACGCCAGCGAUGUGGCGACUUCAACUCGGACCUCCACAAGGGCCUAUGUCUAUAAUCAGCUUGUGCUGCUGAUUCUUCUAGUGCCGUUCCUAGGUUCGUUGCUAGGCACGUGGGGAAGAUGGGUCGUUGGCUCAAACGAUGAGGUUCUGGGAUAUGAUCCUGCCGCGAUAGCUAACCGUGGUCCUGUGGAAGGAAUCGCAUCAAAGUCGCCUAGUCAGAGCCAGGAGGAGUACAAAAAAGCCCGCGACAAGCUACUAUUGAUUGGCGUGGAAGAGUCUCUAGUAAAUACCUCCACGAGGGACAAUGCUGGACGAAUUCGUUUCUUAGCUAGACAAUAA